UGCAGCGGAUCAGUGAUUAACAAAAGCCGGUCUUCUGCCAUUUUACGCAAACUAUUACGUUAACGAUAUUUUUACCAGAGAACCACAUAUUUUCUUCACACUUGCUGAGAGCACGGAGUUAUAGUGAUCGUUCGUGUGUUCGUUCAGUUGAAAACAGUGAAAAAUUUCAUUCAAGUUGGAACGAUACGGCAGCAAAAUUAAUUACUCAAAGUUCCACAAUGCGAUGUCGCUUUCAGCGAUGUCAAAGCCGAUACUGUACUCGUAUUGGCGCAGUUCCUGCUCCUGGCGGGUGCGGAUAGCACUGAACCUGAAGGAAAUUCCGUACGACAUCAAACCGAUCAGUUUGAUCAAAUCCGGAGGCGAGCAGCACUGCAACGAGUACCGCGAGGUCAACCCGAUGGAACAGGUACCGGCGCUGCAAAUCGACGGUCACACACUAGUGGAAUCGAUAGCAAUUCUACACUAUCUGGAAGAGACGCGUCCACAACGACCUCUACUGCCACAAGACGUCCUGAAGCGUGCAAAGGUUCGCGAAAUUUGCGAGGUAAUUGCAUCAGGCGUCCAACCGCUGCAGAACCUAAUCGUUCUAAUUCACGUCGGUGAAGAGAAGAAGAAAGAAUGGGCCCAGCACUGGAUCACCCGUGGGUUCCGAGCCAUCGAGAAGCUGCUGUCCACGUCGGCCGGUAAGUUCUGCGUCGGCGACGAAAUCACGCUGGCCGACUGCUGCCUGGUACCGCAGGUGUUCAAUGCACGGCGCUUUCACGUCGACCUGCGCCCCUAUCCGAUCAUUCUGCGCAUCGACCGCGAGCUGGAAGGGCAUCCGGCCUUCCGGGCUGCGCAUCCCUCGAACCAGCCGGACUGUCCGCCGGAGGCGGCCAAGUAAACGAAGCGUUUUUUUUUUCACGUUCACAAAGUUCAAAACAUUCAAACGACUCAGAUUACAGUGGAUAUUUACAAGGCACAAACUAAGGACACAGAUAACCACCGGCUUGCUUGUGGUGAUUACUCAAUUCCUCCGAAAUAGGCUACAAAUUUUAACAGAGAAAAAAACAGUUGCAGGACUUUUGUGAAAAGUAAUGCGUCCUACAUUGAAUUGACCAUCACAGAUGACUAAUCGUGUGAAUCAUCUAUAAAAAAAGUACGAUUUUAUUCCAUUUAUUAUAUUCUAUUACAAUACCGUUGAAACGGAACAUUCUAUGUCUAACUAUGCGAUAUGCUUAAAAUAUUCGUUUGAAAAGAAGACAAACAUCAGCUAGAUUUGGAGAUAUUGCAAAAAAAUAACUGUGAAAUCUGGGUUAACGUUUGAUUCGGUUAAAAAAUCUAAUAUUAUAGGCGCCUUAUUUCAUCUGUAACCAAAGCCAGGCCCCUUACACUUCCUAAAUGCCUUCACAAAGCUAAAACUAAUACUUGUGCAUCUAAGCUACAGCUGGUCCACACCGCAAAUAGAACCUUCAAAUACUUUAUUUUAGGUCGUACAAAACAACGCAUUGAUAACGUUCGUGGAAUGAAUCUUGACCGUACACUCAACUUUCGGUUACACCUUAACGAGACUUUUUCGAGGGCCAAUAGACUACUAAAAUUUAUAGUUACUUUAACGACAAGGUCGUCACAGUCCAUUCAUGGCAGUCAGUAUGGCACCAAAUAUCACCCUUCCCUUCUUCAGUGUACCAACCUAACAUGCUCCCAUAGACUCGGGAAACCAUUACAAAAAUAUAAAAUUAGUUCAACUAAGCUGCUAGCCGUAAUAAGAUCUUGCAACUCGAAGCACUAGAUAUUGCAUUCUAUAAGCUCUAUUACUUUUUCGGUUAUUAAUGACACUAAAUACUGAGAUUAGUGCUCAAUUAAUAUUCAUCACUAUAUUUUCACUUUUUCGCCGUCGAUUUUUCAUUAAUUUUUAUCGGCCGUUCCAGUCGUCACGUCAAUCGCGAAACUUGACUUGAGACACAGAAAACUUUAAUUUACCACCCGAACAGUUAUUUAGCAGAGUAUAAUAAUGAUUUUGUCCAAUCUGUUCACUUGAAUUGGUAUGAAAAACUUAACUUCGUUUCGAUUGCAAUUCCGAAUCCGCGACCGUCGUUGUUUUACGUUACCAAGGAAACGGGUGUAUAUGUGGAGUGAUGCCAUAUUUACGUUGAGCAUGAAAAAGACCAAUAAUUUUCGCUAUUAAAUUAACGGUCGUAGAGUGUCGAAAAUAUAAUAUUUACUGAUUCAAUAUUCACUGAUAAUAAAAUUCAUCGUAAACAGUAUUUGAUGUGAUAGAAUUACUGUCGGAUCUCGUUCAACAGCAAAAAUAGAUACGCGAUUCUACGUUUCAUAAUUGUACAUAACAGAUUAUUUCCUACUACUAGCAACUUUGUUCUCGUCGUGAAAGUACUGAAAUCACUAAAAAAUGCAACUGGACACUGACGACCUUCACCUUAAAGUUGCUGAUGAAUUCCGGGAUUCUAAUUUCUUUCAUUUGCUCUACUGCGCCUCUGUAUGUUGGCGCCUAAUUUGCGAGAAUCUACCGUAGAGAGCAGAAAAUCAUACGUUAUUAAUGCACUUCGAGAAUUCGGAAUAAUUAUUUUAUUCACCGAGAAAAGUAAGAUAAAUAGGACUUUGUUUAACACCAACCGCUAGAAGCAGAUGUGUGCCAUAAACAAAUACCAAAGCAAAACCUACUAGAUGCUGCAUUCCUUCGCACAAACUUGGCAGCCAGUUAUCAUCAGAGUACAGAGCAAUGCGGGGUACUAUUUAAUACUACCCUCCUAUUGACUCUUACACCAUAUUUUCAAAAUCAUAAUGAAAAAAUCUUUAUUUUUGACACCAUUGAUGGCGGCAUUUGAAGGCAUUGGAAUAAGCCACUUUUUGCAAAAUAAAAAUAAAUAAAAUCCCCACUAUCACAGUGCUUGCAACCCUGGAUCUAGCGUAUGUUUGUCUCAGAAUAAUUUCUUAAAAUCAAACUUCGUGUUCGCAUUCUAUCGAUUAAAGUUUUGGAUUGCAUUUUCUAUUUUAGUGUUGCUUCUAACUCG